AUGGGGAACCCUUGGUCGGGCAUCGUGGAGGUCUUCAAGAAGAUCGAGGGGGACACCUUCAUCGGCCACCUCCCUGGGUUGGACCUCGACGUGCUGGUGGGCGGCAUCACACCGGACUUUGUGACGGCCACGGUGUACUUCCUUGAGGUCGUUGACUUGGAGCUGCUCACCAUGAGGGCGACCACCACCACCAAGGUGAUCCCACAUGUGGCACCCACCUCGGCCUCCUGGACACGCGUCAAAGAACUCUGUGCUGGCUUGGGUGGAAUUGGUAAGGGAUGCCAACAACUGGGCGCUGUGGUUUGCGCCUCGGUUGACCGCAAUGCGGCUGCAUCCACCCAAUUGCACUCCAGCCUCCAUGGCACUGUCAUCAGCGGAGACAUCACAUGUGACCACACCAUCUACGCACUGCACAUGGCGGGUGGCACCACACCGGCUACUACCACCUCAGGAUUUCCCUGCCAGCCCUUCUCGGCCCAGGGAGACCAGAAGACAUUCUACGAUGAGCGCAUCGGUGGCUUCUGGGCCACACUCCGCACGGCAUGGAUGACAAGAGCAGAGACGCCAACGGUGGGGAACUACAUCAAGAACUGGCCCUACUGGAACUUGCAGGACGAGCGCAACCUCAGCCUCACCGAGGAGGAGCUUCAGAUGUACACCAACCCACUUUACGGGGAUGAUCAGAGGGUACUGGACCUCAACAAGCCAUGCCCGGUUGCGUUGCACAGCUAUGGAUCUGUGACGGGACCCUGUCCCUGCAAGUGCCGUGGACCGUUCAACCCAGCUCGACUCCGCCAAGGAGGAGUACGUGGUUUCUACAUCCGGUCCCAGCUCACCAACCAGUUCCGCUACUUGCACCCGAAUGAGCUGGGCUUCCUUUUUUUGUUUGACCCGGUGCUGCAUCUCGGGGUGGACCUCAAAACGGCUUUGUGCCUCUUGGGACAAUCUGCCGCACCUCUCCAAGCCCUGUGGAUAUAUGCGCACCUCCUUCGAGCAGUCCAUCUACAAGACAGGAGCAUCAGUGACAUUUCCCCACUUCAGGCCAUUGAGGACUACAAGCACUACCUUAUGCAGCGGCAGUUUCACUUCUGGGCCAAGCACCACCCUGCCCAAACCUGCCGAGCAUGGGUCAUUGAUGCUGACGACUCCUACCUCGACAUCAAAUUCACUGGCAACGUCACAGUUGAGCAGAUCCUGAAUGCAGAACAGGGCAGCCAACCCUGGGGCUCGCAGCCACUACUCCUUGAUGGACAUCAAGCAGUACCACAUGGAGCAUGGAUGCAAACGGCUGGUAUGUUCGGCCCCUACCGGCUCAUCUAUGCGCUCAAGAAACAAAGGCGACUGCAACCCUCCGGGCUGGUAGCCAUCACCAUCCGAGCCAAUGAUGAGGAGAUCGUCACCUACAAGGAUGCGGGGUCCUUCAUCUUUGAGGUCCUGCGGGAGUACCACAUCGAUGAGAACGCCAAGAUCUUCACUGACCACGGCCAACGAGUAGCACAGGACCUCCGAGUGUGGAACACCGCUUCCUUUCACAUCGCCACAGGCGGCGGAGAUGCGGCCAACCAAGGCAUGACCGCACACACGUUAUGGCCACUUGCCCUGAACCUCAUCAACUACCACCACCACGCAUCUGCCUCUGGACCCCUUCUCGGAUGCCUGAUCGAGCCAUCCGCCGCGCAACCACUCAUGCUCCACCAGCACCCUGCCGCAUCAAGCAUCACUGGCUGGCAGUUGUGGCUGGUGCUACAUCAGGGCCACUGGCUGCUACUUGAACUUCAUGCACCACCAGCUCUUGCACCAGUUGGCGUAGCCAAGCUUUACAAUGCACAUACGGUACACUCGAGCGCCCAGCAACUUCAACACCUGCUCUUGGAUCUUGAAAAGUCGCUCCGCAUCAAGAUCAUCCUCAACAACAACAAGGGAGGACGUGAUCAAGCCCAUCCGGCUACGUGUGGCACGGUUCUCCUGGGCAACCUUGCACAGGCCCUGCAGAUCCAUCACCUCUGGCCCACCGACCAAGACGAAGAACUACAUGCCGGUAUUUUGCAAGCCUUCCCACAGAUCCACCAGCAACACAUUGGCUGCGGACCCGCCGAGGAGUCUGGCGUACUCCGCGCCAUCGAGACUAUUCUUCUUCAGAAAGGCGUACCAACCACCCGGGUGCGAGAACGAGCGCAAGCUGCCCUCAAAAAGAUCGGACUCCAAGAGCUUCAACAAGUUGUCCAGCUCAAGAACCCGUGGCCGGCCAUGAAGUCCGUCGCUAGCCGACCCAGCAUCAACUUUAUGUGGGUUGCUCAUGAUGAACUCCAAGCCCAGAUCCGGGAGAAGGCAGAGGACAAGUUCAAGAUCCAGUCCAGCAAGCGCAAAACUGUUGCAGCCGCGGUAACACCUCCGGCUGAACUCAUGCAGACGGCGGAGGGCGAUGUCAUCGUCACCCUUGGGCGACACCUUGUCAAGGACCCCACGCCACCGCCCAUCCUGGCCACAUCAAGCACGCGGCUACAACUCCACAAAGCCGGACAACCUGCAACCACCUCCACUUCGGAUGACCCAUGGGUCCUGGGCCCGGACCCGUGGUCACAGAGGACCUCCAACAGCCACAUCACCCCGCAGGACAAGUACCAACAAAUGGAAGCUCGACUCCGUGAUGGAGUCCGAUCAACCCUGCGCAAAGAGCUUGAAGAAACCUCCAUGCAGGUCGACUCGGCCUCCGGCAUUGAUCAUCACUUUGCGGACAGCACAGUCCAGCGCAUCCAAACCCUGGAACAAGACAUGCUUGAACUCAAAGCUCACAACCAGAAUUUCCAGCAAUGGUUCAAAGACUCGGCGGAUGCCAACCAGCAGCUCCAACUCAACAUCCAUGAGUUGCAGACGGUUGUCCACACACACUCCUCCGAGCUUGGCAACAUCAGGAGCGACUUUGCGGGCCACUCCAAUUCAGUCGGCGAUGCACUUCGACAAGUCCGAACCGAUAUGCAGACCGAAAUGGGAGCCGGGUUCUCCAGGCUGGAGGACUUCGUGGAAAAGAAGGUCUACUUCUUGGACUCCCACGAGGAUUGGGCCCACUACGAGUCCGAGGAACCCCCGGGUGACAUCCGACCUGGCCACGAGACUGAGUUCUACAAGAACCUUGGUGCAGAAUACGAGGACAGCGCCACCGUGUACCUGCGAGGAUACCUUCCUGAAGAUAUACCAGCUGCCAACGUCAUUGAGGAGAUCUUUGAGGACUUCCGUACCAACUACCGGAACCUGGAAGCCUGGCACCUUCGUCAACGGCAACGAGCACUUCGAGUCGAGUACCGUGAACAAGCGAAGAAAGCCUUUCAAGCGGUCAAGGGCAAGGAGUUCCACAGCAUGGACCACUUGGUCAGCUACCAUUACGCGGACAUCCUUCAUGUCGACGCCCAGACCUCUGAAGUCCUGGUUGACCACGUGCUCCCAGAGGCGACCAAUGGCCUCUGGUUUGUCGACGACGAACCGGCACAAACCCGGAAAACCGGACCCAACGCCUACCAGGUCCACACCGACCUCUUGCUCUGCCCCGGCCAGGUGCUGGAACACAGGGUGUUCUACACCGACUCCACGGAAAUCCUGGAGGAGCUGCAGAAAUUCUGGCAACCACGAUGGCUACGACAUCGCGACGUCCCUGUUGGCCAAUGGGACCGCAUCCUUGGCUUUGUCCAGGCCCAUGUUCCACAACUGGAGAUGCAGGUGCCGGCCAUCACAGUCAGUGCAUGGGAUAAAGUCAACGCUCGAUACAAUGAACACGCGGCAAGGGGUCCCGACGGUUUCGACAAACAAGACCUCCUCCGGAUGCCCAUCGUCCUCAAAGAAAGAAUGGUGCAACUCCUCAACCAUGUUGAGGAUACCGCUCAAUGGCCACAGCAGCUGUUACAAGGCUUUGGAAUUCCAGUUCCUAAGGAGACCGCGGCCGACACAAUCAACAAGUUCAGGCCCAUCAUUGUGCUCUCCACUGUCUACAGAAGCUGGUCAAGCCUCCGUGCCAAGGUCCUCAUCCACUUCCUUGAGAAGUUUGUUGGGCCAAACGCCCUAGGAUUCCUUCCUGGACGAGAAGCCGGCCAGAUUUGGCUCUACAUACAGGCCUCAGUGGAACUUGCACUCCAAGGUGGCCAAGGCCUCGCCGGCCUCACUACGGACGUCAGCAAGGCCUUUGAAUCCAUCCCACGACGACCCCUGAUGGCCACAUGUCACCACCUCGGGGUACCUGCACGAGUCCUCCGACCAUGGGACCACUUCCUGAGCAAUUUUCAACGACGCUUUGUCCACAAUGGACAAAUCAGCGAGCCACUCACAUCCACCUCAGGCCUACCAGAAGGUGACUCUCUGGCCGUCAUGGGCAUGUGCGUCAUUGAUUGGGUCUUCGACCUCUACAUGAGUCGUUUUGCGCCGGCGGUCAUACCUAAGUCCUUUGUGGACAACUACGAACUCAUGGCCACGAACGCGUACGAACUACUCCACGGCUACGCGGUCAUGCAGACCUACAUGGAUCUCUGGCAACUCCAGCUUGACGAGCCCAAGACAUUUACAUGGGCAACCUCCUCACAGGACAGAAGCCAUUUUCGCCGCCUUGGCCUUCGAGUUAAGACCACGGCAGUUGACCUUGGUGGGGCACUCACCUUCUCCCGUGCUCGUUCUGUUCAAGGACAACUUGAGCGCUUCAAGGCCAUUGAACCCUGCUGGGCACGGCUCCGACGCCUCCCCAUGGACUUGCACACCAAGCAGAAGAUUAUCCGACAAGCCCUUUGGCCAGCCGCCCUGCACGCCAUUGCAAUCACACCCAUGGCGGAAGACCACAUUGGCAAGCUGCGGACUCAAGAUUGGCUCUACAAGCUCUUGCAGGACGCCUGGUAUCAGCGGGUUGCGCGCUUCAUCCAGCCACGGACCGAAUUUGCGGACCUUGUGGGCCUGCAAUGGCCUCCCAGCCGAACUGAAAAAGCUAUGGGCGCACUUGAAAUGGCCACCAUCAACGCAUUACGAGACGGAUCCUUUAUGACGCGGAACAUCCAGGGGAAGUUUGACCUUGCGCAUGGCUACAACUGCGACCUUUGCCACCUGCCAGACUCCAUGGAGCACCGAUGUCGUGAAUGCCUUCCACUCACCCCUUUGCGAGAAAGGCACCAGUGGGUCAUGGAACGUUGGGAUACCUGGCCAUGUAGUCUACGGAUCCACCUGCUCCCCAGCAGGAAUGCCCACUUCCGGGAGAUCAAGCACGCCCUCGCUGAGCUCCAGGACAGGACUCUCGACCAUCAUCUUCAACCUGGUGACCAUUCAGUAGUGGACAUCUUCACGGACGGCUCCUGCUGGAACCCCAACGACCCCGACCGCUCUUUGGCCGCAUGGGCCGCGGUCUCGGCCUCGCACCAGUCUGUCCUCGCCAAAGGACCACUGUGUGGACCACACCAGUCCAUUGAUCGAGCCGAACUGACCGCAGCCUUGGCGGCGGUAUCCUGGCUUGCGCGGACAGGGGUCAAAGGCACCCUGUGGAUCGACAACUCCUACGUUGCCCAGACCCUCAACCAGAAUGCUCACGACCCGACCAACGCCAACGUCCACUCGCACGAGGACCUGUGGGAACAGACCAGCCAAUUCCUGGAAAUGAUGUAUCCAGGGCAACUCUCAGUGGUACAUGUUAGCAGCCACCAAGCCGAAAGUGACAGCCCAGACCCCUUGACCGACUGGAUCAUCUUCUGGAACCGACAAGCCGAUGCCGCAGCGGGCCACGCCCACACUAUGAAGUGGACUACUUGCGGGCCUUUCAUCUUGAUCUGGCAGCCACAAGAAAGCGGCUACUCUCUGAAGGUGCUCAUGGGGAAGAGCACCUGGACCCAGAUGAAGAUUGCGAAGCCCCUCGGAUUCCACUUCUGA